GCCCCCUACCCAAUCACUGCGUGACGCCAGCGCCCCCAGCGCGAAGGGGACGCCGCAAACCGCGGCCCGCGAAGGAACAACAGCUCCCGGCGUCCCCUGCGCGCCUCGGCGUCCCGGCUGCUGAGCUGACGUCACCGACCGGGAAAUUAAGAUGGCGGCCGCCAAGAGGAAGCAUGUGACUACGGCGGAGGCCGGGGCACCGGCGGGCUACACAGCCAUUCCAGUUAAGCUUUCUGAGAAGCAACAGUCACCUCACUACCUGUAUGUGAAGGAGCACAAAGUCCGAGAAGGCACCGAUACUACCCACCCUCCAAACCGUACUCUCUUUGUCCUUAAUAUCCCCCCGUAUUGCACAAAGGUGCGCUACCAGAUGGAGGACCCAGGCGAGGAUGUCUUGCUCCUUGAUCCACCAGUUGCAGGAAGCAUUGCAUGUCUGUCCAGGCUGUUUUCCUGCUGCUCGUCUGUCCAGUCUGUGAAUGUGUGUGAAAAACCGGGGCCACGAGAGAAACCAGAGGCACCCAAGUCCAAAUUCUUCAAUCUCAAGACAGUUACGGGAUUCCGAGUGGCUUACGUGGUGUUUAAGAAUCCGGCUGGGGUACAGGCAGCCAAGUCCCUAUCGCUGCAGGGCCCCCUGGUGAUCUCUUCGGAGAGUCACCCUGUGAAAACCGGUAUCCGCAAGUGGAUCGCCAGUUAUGCAGCUUCAGUGGUGGAUCCGGCAGAGCUGAAGGCUGAAGUGGACACCUUCAUGCAAACCUAUGAUAAGAAAAUAGCAGAGGAAGAAGCCAAAGCGGAGGAGGAGGAGGGUAUUCCAGAUGAGGAGGGUUGGGUGAAGGUGACACGGAAAGGCCGAAGGCCAGGACUCCCCCGGACAGAGGCUGCCAGUUUGCGGGUGCUGGAGAGGGAGAAGCGAAAAAGAGCACGCAAGGAGCUGCUCAACUUCUACGCCUGGCAGCAUCGAGAGACCAAGAGAGAAAACAUAGCCCAGCUGAGAAAGAAGUUUGAGGAGGACAAGCAGAGAAUUGUGCUGAUGCGGGCCCAGCGCAAGUUCCGGCCAUACUGAGCCACUCUGGGCGCUGCCACGUCCUUGGAUGUUUCCGCAGGAGGGCGCGUUGAGAAGUUCACUUCCUAGAGGCCCCUCAGCGGGCUCUGUCUGUAUAGUGACACCGAUUUGUUCCCUCUGCUGUAACCUGGGCCCUAAAUGAGAAAUCCCCAGUGGUUACAAGUGGAGGGUCGGAUGGAGCUCUUCGUGUGCUGAACAUGUCUCUAGUGGCAGCGAGCCCAGCACAGAGACUCCCAUUAGCAUGACUCGUGCUGUUCACAGGCUGCAGCUCCUCCUGUGCUGAGUGGGAUGGGAUCCUCCUGUAACCAGCCUCACCUUUUAUCUUACUGCACUGUCUCCUCUGGACACCCGUCUUAAACCAGAUCCCCCAGCAAGGGACGAGACCCACCCCCAUUCCUGGACAACCGCAGAAAGGCUGCUGCUGAAUCAAAGGCAAUAGAAGUCCACUGUACGUGAAUUGUAAAUAAACUGCCCCUGUUUCCUA